AGUCAGGAUUUUCAGGAUGCACUGAAACUCAAACUCCACCGCGUCCAAUAGCAGCUGCCGGUCGGUGGGCGGUGAUAGUUUAGCUCAGUCCUCAAUAAAUUGUUCCCGCACAGACAGACUCCGUUCCUUAGUUGCAGAUCGAGAUUCUGAGCUGCUUGUUGGUUUAUUUGACUGCCUGUUGAAGAUGGAAGUGAGCCCGGACAAAGUGCAGAGGAAACCCAUUCGCCUCAUAGCUGCAGUUUGCAAUGACAGGGGGAUCGGAAAAGAUGGAAAACUGCCCUGGGAUUUACCGUCUGAAUUCCAGUACUUUCUCAACACUAUCACAAGAGUGUCACGACCAGGAAAGAUGAAUAUGAUGGUCUGGGGAAGACUGUGUUGGUACUCCCACCCAGAAAAUUUCUUCCCAUUGGCCAAUGCCCUGCAUGUGGUGCUGAGUAAGACACUGAACACGGUUCCAGAUCAUGCCCACUUCUUGUGUCAAGACUUUGAGAGCGCUAUCCGCCUGGCAGCGCAGCAUCCUCUCGCUGACCUAGUCGAGACCAUCUGGAUUAUUGGUGGGACUCGAGUCUACCAGGAUGCGUUGAAGCAUCCCUGGUGUGACUUGGUUUACCUGACAGACGUCAUGGCUGACUUUGACUGUGAUGUCUUCUUCCCUGAGUUCGACAGAGGGCUCUUCAAAGUUCAAGAAAGAUUUCCUGGUGUACCGAGCGAAAUCCAAGAGGAGAACGGCAUCAAGUACAAAUUCCAAGUAUUCAAGAAAGAGACAGGUGAAGCGGUGUAGAUAACAAACAGAAGAAAUGAAGAGAUUAUCAAGAAACAUGUCACUCUGGUGUAUUAUGAGUCCUUGAAAACUCCUUGAAAAAACAAUUUUCAACAUUUAUUGCUGAGUCAACUCCUGUGUAGACUGUAGAGACAUGCUUCUAAAACCAAAAACCACAGUGUGUUUUUGGACUUCUUGCCUCUAGUCUCAUUAACUCUCUUUGUAUAAUAUAGUCAUUGAGCAUUCCAGUGUAAAUAUAACCUUAUAUUCUUUGCAAUACUGAAAUACUGUGAGCACAGACACUUUAACAGCAGUCCAAGUGUUUAUGUGAAUUUAUUCCUUAGAUUUAUUUUCCUCAUUGCUGCUGCUUGCUUGGAUAUUAUUCUCAAUGCUGUUAGAAAAACAAAAUCCACUGCCACCUUCUGCUGUCACCUUAUCACUUGUCAGCGUUCCCAUCUCGUCCUCCUCCUCAGUAAUAUUGCAGCUGCACAGAAAAUAUGCUCGUCAGUGAGUCAGUCAGCGACCUACGUCAGUGACAGCCUGCGCUCUGGGUAUCACAGCAGAUCUGGUCCCAUCUAAGCCAACAAGACAGAUGCCAGUUUAGAAAAUGAGGAGUGAAUUAUAGUGCUGGUUUGCUUUGAUAUUAUGACUGUGUUGUUAUCUAGAUAAAUAUGGAGAAAUGUUACAUCUUUGAAUUUGUUGUGGUAAGAAAUGGUAAGAUGCAUAUUUAUUAAUGAAAAGUUUUUACUGCAUAGUUUUUUGUGAAUCUGGGAGGUUUUUAAUGAAAAUAAAUCACCUGUACCAUUGUAAUGAAGAAGUCCACAUUUUGUGAAUUAAUUUUCCAUUUUCAAUAAAAUUAUGCUUAUUAA